AUGGCACCCGAAGGCGGUACAGCCGUCAUCCAACGAUACUUUGGCGGCGGAGAUAGUGAGCAACGGACAGCGCUACAGUUUGCUUUUUACAAUGCACUUCUAUUCGUUCUGCUUGGAGUAGCACUAUGUGGCUUGUUCGCCCUCUACAACAUGAUGUACAUGUUCCUGUCGCCGAUGUUGUGGGCAGUUCUAGUUGGUACAGUACUCUUCCCUUUCAAGAAGAAAGUUACCGACACCGUCCAAAACUGGCUCCGUGAUCUUCAGGAAUCAAACCAAACUCUAGCAAAAGCUGUAAUCACCCUCCCGUUUACUGGGUUUUCGAAAGUAUCAGAAACAAUCUACAAGACAUUUGCCAGUCCAAAUGGAGCAAUCAUUGCUAUUGCAUAUGCAGCGCUCAAAGUUCUGUCAUAUGAAAGAACUUUCAUGUACAUAAUAAGCUGGCUAGGUCGACUUUAUGGGUAUUUGGAUUCUUUCAUACUUUUCUUCGCCAGACCCUGGGUUCUCCCGUUGAUAGUUGUGUAUUUUUGCUGUUAUGCUGCAUGGAUUUACGUCCAGGAUCCAAAACAGAUCAAUAAGAAACUGGCCAGAUCUUUCUCGCUCCCUAUUUGGAUCUAUGUCAUCUCAUACGCUUCUCUCUACUUCGGACCUCUACGAGCAUGUGUCUUUGGACUGUCAGCUGCAGUUCUCGGACUUCUCUCAGCUGGAGCUAUUGGAAGUCACAAAGCAAUAGAACAGGAAGAGCACAUCGAGAAAGACGAUUCCUCUGAAAAUCUAGAUGAAUCUAGUUCACUCCUCCCUCCGAAUGUCGGAAAGGUUCUCGAAUCUGCAAAAGAAAAACUGGAUGCAACAGAGAAGUCAAUUAUGGAAAACUCCAUGCUCUCAACUUCAACUGUAGACGAAGCAAUCACCGGAGAUUGGUUGAUCAGAUGCGUUUUUGGUCUCUGUGCUCUUCUUUGGGUUGUUCGACACGAUGGUGCUCUUAUACUUCUGGCUAUUCCAUUUGUUAUCGCUGUACUUUCAAAAGUGGCCGAACAACUUGGUAUUACUGCUACUAUCAACAACUUCCUUGAUUCUACGUGGCAGAAAAUUGCUCCUGCGGUCCUUAAAGUUGUUGAGAUUACGGUCGCCGGUCCACUUCGUCAAUUCGUGAAGAUGCUAUUUUCCUCUGAUAAAUACGUCGUGGAAAGUUUACAUGAUAAAAUGGAUGUUCUGUCUUCUGUAAUUGUUAUGGCACUUCUUGCUUUUUCUGCAUUGUUCGCUAUCAUCUUUGUCGGUUUCCAAUUACACGGGGAAACAGUGCAUCUAGUUAGACUUUCUUCAAACGUGCUUCAUUCUCGUCCGGAUUGGUUAGCUGCUGCAAUGGAUUAUACCGAAGAUCAACUGGAAGAAAACAAUAUUGACAUUGACCAAUAUAUGCAGCAGGCGUAUGAGCAAGGACGUGCAUGGUUGGCUUCUAACGUACGAUCGUUGGCUAAUGCGAAAGAUACGAAACGCGCUGAUAUGUUGGAAGAACAAGUGAAACAAGUAGUUGAUAAAUUGUAUCACAUGUGGGAAGAAAGAAAUAACAAUUUCACUGUUGCAGUGAAUCAGGAAUCAAGAGGAGACGUCUGGCAACAGUUGAAAGGUGUUACUGAUCUGGCUGCUCUGAAAGAUGAACUUACUCUUAUUGUCAAAGAGAACCUUGACACUCUUAUGGGGAUUGCUCAAUCCAUUGGUUCUAUUCUGGCGGUGAAUGUCACUAUCUUCUCUUCUCUGAUUGCGUCCUUCGCUGGAAUUAUUCUUAGUUUUGGACUUGAUCUGUUAAACACAUUCAUCGAGCUGAUUGUUUUUCUGACGAUGGUCUACUAUCUACUUUCGGCAUCUCGUAAUCGAUGGCUUCCGCUGCAAUGGGCUUCGGAUCUUUCUGCAGUGACCGCAACAGAAGAUUCCACAGCAAUACCAGUUCAACAUCAUAUCACUGCUGCAAUAGAACAUGCGAUCUUCGGAGUUUUCAUUCUAUCGGCGAAAAUGGCAGUUUUCUACGGACUGUACACAUACUUUGUUCACAGUUUGUUCGAUUUAAACAUCGUUUUUGUUCCUUCAAUGGCCGCUACCCUGUUCGCUGCUAUCCCUAUUAUGCCCCCUUAUAUUGUGGCGGUUUUCGGAAUAGUCGAGCUAUGGCUUGUGAGAGGAGAAGGAGCAGCAGCUCUUGUAUUCGCUCUAGCUUCCUUCGCUCCUGUUAUGUUUGCGGAUGCCACUUUCUAUAAGGAAGUAAAAGGGUCGCAUCCAUAUGUCACUGGAUUAGCAAUCAUUGGUGGAAUGUAUUGGCUGGGUCUACAGGGAGCAAUCAUAGGACCAAUCAUUCUCUGCCUGUGCCUCGUUCUCGUCAACGUGUACCUCCAGCAUGUGAAACCAUCAGCUCUAUACACUCCAGCUCCAACACCUCGCAAUAUUAUGUAUCAGAGCUGA